AGAUUUCAAUCCAUUUCACUGUCUUGGAAAUGUGGUAGUAGUUAACGUUGAAUACACGUGGACGCUUUAGUAAAUGUUCUACUAAAUGAUAGGUGAGGUUAAAUGCUAUAAUUAUUAUAAACUGUAGAUGAUGUCAGUUCAAAUAAUAUCCUCCAAGCAGAAAUGAGCACAAGGAAAACCCAAAGAAACCUCAAUUAACACAGCUGAGCACCCAUACAACAUACUCCUCUGUACAAAAUUACUGAAUAGCUAUUUAGGUGAAUACAUAUUAGUAGAUAUGUAUAAUACUUUAACAAUAAUUAAUGGCCAACUAAUUCACCAUUUCCAUCUAACUAUGAUAUCAUACAGGAAUACAAUGCUGUUUUUAUAUUCCUGCCGGUAGUAGCAGAUUUUCGCAUUGUAUUCAAGAACCCAAUUGUUGUCAAUGUUGCAAUGAAAAGAUCUCACAGGAGUUACAACUCCCUGUGACAGGCACAUGUCAAGUAUAAUUAUCGAGCUUCCUGUGCAUUUACUGUAAUAUGCGACUCUUAACUCAUGAUAAUGCAAUUUACAGAAAGGGAUAAGGUCUACACAUAGAUAGCACCAUCUCUUUUUUAAUCAGGACUCCUAUCUUUUACCUUUCAUAAUAUGGCCCAUGAUUUGAUUUAAAUGCACGUCUGUGGUUCUGAUUUUCAUUUCGUCACAAUGGUGGGUGCAGCGCUACUGGCAGCACUCCUGCCCGCGUUCGUCGCCUGCGCCGGAGAAGGAAACAUACGCUUACUGGAAGAUGAAAUAGCUAUUGCUUUGAAAGCCUGCUCGUUUCCUGACGAUACUAUUUCAAAGGAACCAGUUGCCAAAGCUCGCCAACGCCGCUCUGAUGACACAAAUGAUGAUUCUCCUCGAAUUGAUGACACUACCAAGGAGGGAAGUCGCUAUAGCCAUGAAAGACGAAAAUCAAAUGAUAGCGGAGACGAGAUGCAAGUUAUAAACGCUACGGAGAAUGAUUACGAUGGCUAUGGAUCUGGUAAUAUGGGAGAAAAGUUGUUGACCUCAGUACCUCGGCCAGCCUCCAGUUCUGGAGAAAAUUCUAUGAACGUGAACUCCAACAGAACUAAACGAAGCGAACCGCUAGUAAACAAACCCGAUACGGAUCAGUGUCUCAGCCAAUGUGUGUUCGCUAAUUUGCAAGUGGUGGAUUCUCGAGGGAUCCCCCGCGAGGCUGAGCUGUGGAAUAAAGUACAAUCGGCUGUUACGUCACAACAGUCGCGCUCUGCACUUCACGAUCAGAUACGGGCCUGCUUCCAGGAGUUACAAUCAGAGGCUGAAGACAACGGCUGUUCUUAUUCCAACAAAUUGGAACGAUGCCUGAUGCUUCGAUUCGCUGAUCGUAAAACAGACGGCCAAGGAACCACUCAGAAGCCAACCACUUAAAUUGCAAUAUCUCAUCUGAACGGCGACUCCAAAACGAAAUUUGCAUAUAAACUAUACUUAAUUACUCACAUGUUAUUACCGUAGAUUUAUUAGUUAAUAAAGCAAAUCAGAAGAAAAUCUGAACCAUA